AUGUCACAGACGCAAGUCGAGCACACCGAGCUGAGGACUAUGCCCCAACGGCCUUCUCAAAACAACACACCUGAAGUUGUCAUGCGCUCGGCCAGCGAUGACACCACGGUUGACGGUCUGGCCCCAGUAGACAGAGGAUGGCCUGCUUGGAAAAUGCUCCUCUCAGCAUUCCUCUUCGAGUCACUCUUCUGGGGGUUCCCAUUAUCUUUCGGUGUCUUCCAGAAUUACUAUUCCCACCAACCCGAGUACGCCAACCAGCCAUACGUUUCCGUCAUCGGCACCGUCGCCUCCGGCAUCUCAUACAUGGGAGCCCCCAUCAUCAUCCCCUUCCUCAAACGUGCACACAACCACCGCACCAAAAUGAUCUGGGGAGGUUGGGCCCUCGCCAUCAUCGGCGUGCUCGGCAGUUCCUUCUCCAAGUCCCUCGGCGCCAUCAUCUUCACGCAAGGCGUCAUGUACGGCGUCGGCUUCACCGUGUUCUACUACCCUAUUAUUGGAAUGGUGAACGAAUAUUGGGUCGCCCGCCGGGGCAUGGCCUACGGACUCCUGUGCUCCGCGUCCGGCGUCUCGGGCAUCAUCUUCCCCUUCAGCCUCGAAGCCAUGCUCAACAGGUACGGCUCGGCCACCACGCUCCGCGCCGUCGCCGUCGGCCUCACCGUCACCACCGCCCCCCUAAUCCUCUUCAUCAAAGGCCGCCUGCCCCACACCACAGCCACCGAAACCCAUCUGAGCAGCACAACAGACUACGCCUUCCUCCGCCGCCCCCUCUUCUGGAUCUACACGGCCUCCAACCUCGCCAACGGCCUCGGCUACUUCUUCCCGCCCCUCUACCUCCCCUCCCACGCCUCCUCGCUCGGGCUCUCCACGCGCGCCGGCGCCAUCCUCCUGGCCCUCAUGUCCAUCGCGCAGGUCUUCGGCCAGCUCUCCUUCGGCUACCUCUCCGACCGCCGCCUGCCGCUCAACGCGCUAAUCCUGACCUCAACGCUCGUCACCUCCGCCGCCGUGCUGGCGCUGUGGGGCCUGGCGCGCAGUUUUGCCGUGCUGAGUGUCUUUGCUGUCAUCUACGGGUUCUUUGGGGCUGGGUAUACGGCCAUGUGGGCAAGGAUGGGUACGGCGGUGGCGGGGGACGCGACGGCCGCGUUUGCGGCGUUUGGGCUGUUUAAUUUUGGGAAGGGGCUGGGGAAUAUCUUUGCGGGGCCGAUUAGUGGAGGGUUGCUGAUGAGGGAGGUGGAUACGAGCAGGUAUGGUGCUGCGAAGUACGAGGCGAUUGUAUUGUUUUCGGGGUCCUGCAUGCUUGCUAGUGCAGUGUGCGCCGCGGGUGCGUGGCUCAGGCCAUGGAAGACAGCCACUGCGUAG